UAUACUACGAAUAUGCUACUAUAGUCGUUUCUGCUCGCACAACUUACAUUUGUGUAAGCACAUUCAGUUUGUUGAUUAUUAUGGUAAUUUAAUCAACAAGAAUUUACUUGAUGUUUUCCUAGCUUGUGCGCAGUUGUAAUCGAUGAAUGUUAAGUCUUAAUUGUAAAUUUUACUAAGGCAUCAUUUCUUUCUUCAUUGUACAAUAAUGGAUAAGGAAGAGCAAAACUUAAAACCCGCUGCAGGUUCUAUUGAAAAAUCGAAAUCUGACAAAAAUGAUGCAAGUAGUGACGAAAAAAGAGGCGAAUCAAGGCUAGACGAAUUGACUAAAUACUUUCGAGAAAAGCUCACUACCCUUAGCAAUGAAAACAAAAUAAAAGUUCUUCGUGAAGCUUCUGUCGAUGCUUUAGUUGAACAUAUAUUGAAAAAUAAUGUUAAAAAUAUUAUAACAAUGUCUGGUGCUGGAAUAUCGACGUCCGCCGGGAUCCCCGAUUUUCGAUCACCUAAAACUGGGAUUUACCACAAUUUAGCUAAAUUUAAAUUACCAAAUCCUCAGUGUAUUUUUGACAUCAAUUUUUUUAAAAUUGCUCCAGAACCUUUUUACACUCUUGCCAAAGAAUUAAUGCCAGAAGGAUAUAAGCCAACAGUUUCACAUUUCUUUAUCCGUUUUUUACAUGAGAAAGGAUUACUACUGAGACAUUAUACGCAAAAUAUAGAUAAUCUUGAAAGAUUGGCUGGAAUACCCGAUGAAAAAUUAGUAGAAGCACAUGGAACUUUUAAUUCUAGCAAGUGUUUAGAAUGUAAUGCAUUUUAUGAUUUCGAUUGGUUGAAAGAGCAAAUUAAAAAAACUACAGUACCAAAAUGUGAAAAUUGUUCUGGUGGGGUUGUAAAACCAGAUAUAGUUUUCUUUGGAGAGAAUUUGCCUGAUCGUUUUCAUCGAAUGGUUGAAAAUGAUUUUAAAAAAGCUGAUCUUUUGAUUGUCUUAGGGUCUAGUUUAGUUGUUCAACCUUUUGCUUCAUUGAUAAAUCAUGUUCCAACGACGUGCCCAAGAUUACUGAUUAAUCAAGAAAAAGUCGGUGAAAUACAUAGAAUUGCGAAAAUAAUGGGGUCGAAUAACGGAUUUGAUUUUGAAGAUUCAAGUAACAGAGAUGUUGCAUUUAUAGGCGAAUGUGACGAAGGAUGUCGUUAUUUGAUAAGACAAUUAGGAUGGGAGGAUGAAUUAGACGAACUUAUAGAGAAAGAGUAUAAACGAUUGGAAAGUAUAGCCAAUAGUACGAAAAAAGAAGAUCAAAGUGUUGAAAAUGAAAAACUGACGUUGCUAGAGGCUCUCGACCAGAAUAACGUAACUAAAAGGCGUUGAAUUAUUAUUUGAUAAUCUAACUAAGUCACUGAGAGACGAAGUCGCCGAUGCAUGUCGAAGCAGUGUCUUUGGUGCGAUUACUAUCAGCGGCUUCCUGAAGUUUCUCACCAUCUUUUCACGCGUCGUUGGAAGAAAAUAAUAAAAUAAACAAAUGAUAAAUGAAA